UUUCCAAACAAUGCAAACUCGUUCAUUGAUAGAUAUUUGAUUGUACUACAUUGUAACAUACCCACCUUAUCUAUUGUGUUCAGUGUAUGCAAUUCCUUUUGUGGCGAGUUCAUGUUACUUGCAAUAUAAAUGCAUGCCAACGCCUUCAUUGAGACUAAUGGGAUCUUAAUGUCUACAAAGAGUAUAAGGCGUUGCGGAAUGUCAUUCAUUAACGAUAAUUGGAAAGACGAUCGGUGUAAUAUUAUAUACUCUCUAAGCAAAGUAAUGUCAGAUAAGGUGUUUUUUUAGCUAAAAUAAUAAUUUCUUAAAUUAUCUUUCGUUGGGGAUGUGGACUUAAUUUAGACGUUUGUGAGCAUAUGCUUAAAAUUAUAUAUGUUUGCUUUGAAAUUGGAUAUAUAACGUUGUAAUAAAUAUUCAUACAGUUUAGUUUAUAUUAAUCAAUAAAACAAUCAGGCCUACUACGAUUGACAAGUGACAUGGAGAACAUUUCAGCCUACGAAAACGGCCCUGGUCCUGGUGAACAUAUCAACCACAGCGACACCGAUCCCACAUUCGACUACGACUCCUACUACUUCGACGACUACUAUCACGAACAUGUGUACAGCAUAUUCGACUUUGAGAUUGUGAUCUACGGUUAUAUCUGGCCAGUCUUGGCCAUUAUUACGUGUCUAUGCAAUUGUCUUGUGAUUGGUGGAUUCUUACAAAAGCAUAUGCGAACGUCUGCUAAUAUUAUUUUGGUUUUAAUCGCAAUAUCCGACUCCCUUACCGUACUGGUGACCCUCCCAGCGACGUUCUAUGUGUACUCACGUGAACAGAUGUUACUUUCUAAAGACUGGUGCAAUGCUACCAUGAUAACCAGGUUAUACAUUUCACGUGCAUUUCACACCAUUUCCGUCUGGAUUACCGUUCUUCUUGGGUUUCAACGGUUCUUACAUGUACGACACCCUGCUGUUGCUAACCGUUGGUGCACGAUAAAGAAAACGAUCGGUAUUGUUGCUGUAAUGUACGUCCUGGCCUUUCUAUUGCACAUGUACCAUGCUUUUGACAUUAAGACUAGUGAUGGGUUUUGCCACUGGGAACUCAAAGAGCCAUGCGGAUGGGGCUGUGCUUAUAUCUGGGCCUCGUUUAUCCUGGGUCACGCUAUUCCCUGCGUGGCAUUGGUGGCGUUCACGAAACUAAUGUUGCGACCAGUGAACCAGAGACCUGGAAGCACAAGUGUUGACAACAACGUUAGGCGACGAAGAGAGCAAAACAGAAACAUGACCAUCGCUGUUCUACUGAUAGUCGUCAUAUUUCUUAUACCGGAACUGCCUUACGGUCUCUUCUACUUGUUGACGAUGAUACUGAAACUGAGCGUGCAGAAAAUACUACCUCUUAGGACCAACCGGAUUUUCCACGCCACCUAUGAGCUGGCCUUGGUGCUUAGCUUUCAUCUGAACUUCUGGGUGUACUGUGUGAUGAUUCGAAGCUUCCGUUCUGGCAUUAAAACCCUUUUUAAGAUGGCACGGUGCAAGAAAGGCACAUUUUCAGAACUUGAGCGCGAGCACACGUCAUCUCAGACCAUGAGUUAUGAACUUGUUGGUGUCUCAGAAAGACAGUCUGAAGACGUUGAAUUGUGAAAAUAUGUUAGUGUAGCUCAACGAUAUAAACAGCAUACUCCUUUUACAAUAAGUCUUAGAGUAAGGUCUUAUUUAGAACAUAUUUAUUAUUUGAAAUCUGUUUCAAUUGCAACGCUAAUAUCAGUUUAAAUAUGACAUAAAAAUGAGUUGUCAGUUUCAAGUAAUCAAUAAUAAUUAAUAACGUAAAGUGUGCACGAAAUAUUAAAUAUCCCAUGAUAUGGUAUUUUAUAUGACCUCUUACAGAAUACUCGUUUUUCAUUACCUUACCCUACUGUUUAUUUUAUAUAAUUUUUCUUAUUACACGUAGCGUUAAUAGCGUACAGUGUGCAGAAAAUGUGUAAUAUCCAAUUGUAUGGUUUUGUAUAUUACCUUGGAUAGAACACACACCAUCUCAUCCAGGUGACAUGCCGACUGCGUAUUUUCCAUUAUAGGUGGGUACAUUUUCAUAUUUAAUUUAGUGACGUUAAAAGAGACCACGAAUGUACAGACGCGCACACUUCUCUGUCUUCUGUUAUAACGUUACUUGUGGAUGCUGCGGCGGCUGCUACUGCUGCUAAUGAUGAUGAUAGCAGCAGUAGCAGAAACAGAUGCAGCAUCAACAUCAGCAUCGUCAUCAUAGUAUUCUACGUCAUAUUCGUCAUCACCAUUCGUCGCGGUUUUCUUUUCUCUAUCCUUUUAUUUCGUAUUCUCUUUCUUUAUUGUAAUAAUUAUGUAUCUGACGUUAUGAUCAUCCUUUGUCCGGUUGCCCAAAAUUUUAAAUGAUAGUUAAGGUAACAGCCUGUUUACUUCAGAUAAAAAUAAAAUUAAGUGAAAAGCAAUGUUAUUAUCAAACAUGUUUAAACUAUUCUGGUAAACACAUUUGUUUAAACAAUGAACACAAUAUAAAGGGCAAGCAAUUUAUUAACUUAAAUAAUUUUUACCGAAAUUAUUGACUCUGAGCUUAAUUGGCCGCGAAAGUUUUGAGCAACCAGGCUCAUAUUCUGGUUGUGAUUCUCUGUGUCGCUUUUUCAAUUUAAUAAUAAAUAAACCGAUAGCGCUACUAAGCAUAUAAUAACACAAAAAAAUAAAAAUAAUCGUCAUAAUCAGCAUACUUGCAGCAUAGGAAGCCUUGGGGACAUUCCGCUAUAAAACGAUCAUUGCCCAUAUAUCAACAACAGCUACACUGACAUAACUUUCGGCUAAAAUUAUUUAACCUUCGACGACAACUACCAGAAAAUGUGUACAGCAUAUUCGACUUUGAGAAUGCGAUCUAAUGAUACAUUGUCUGAAGUUAUUUAUAUGUAUUUUGUCACAAGUAGGCGGCUUAUACAACAUUUGAUAAACCUACUAACAAACCAAUAACAAACUAACACCAUUAUGUGUAAUCAUAAUAUCGGCUUGGGAUAAACAUGGCAUACUUUCAAAUGAAAUACAGAAAACAUUAGGAAAAUCGUCGUUAUAAACAUCAAAUAAAUUUAAACUUCUUAAAAUGGGAAAACAUAUACCGUUCAGCAAUUCUUGAGAGGUUUUCGCAAAAGGCACGAUACAAUGAGGAAUGUCGAUACAAUGAGAAUCAGCGCAAACGCCUGUUUAUGCAAUCGCCUUGUGAUUAGUGGAUCCUUACGAAAGCAUAUGAGAAAUUCUUCUGAUAUCAUUUUGGUUUCAUCGCCAUGUUCGACUCGCUUACCCGACUGGUGACCCUUCCAACGGCUUUUAUGUGUACUCAUGAAAACAAUGAAUCGCACUUUUGAUUCAAUACCUACACAUCUAGAGUCCCAAUUGUGGGUUAUUCGACAGUAAACUAUGAUAGAAAAUCAUGGUAUAUAACAAGGCUCACAAAACUCUAUCGAAUAUAAUAUAAUAACGCGGAUUGUUUUUUUAAGUGGCAUAGAUUAUAGUGAAAUACACGACAUUUGUAUUCCGUUAGAUUUUAUGAAACUUGUGCAUGUACUCAAUUAUUUUCAGUGGACAAAUACUUUAUAUUUAGAUACCACUGAUAAAUAUGAUUCAAAAGAAAGUAUUGUCCUAUUUUUGUUGUUGGUCUUCAGUAUUUUAUCUCUUGCUGAUCUAUUCAAAAGUUUUACUGAACACGAUACUAUAGUCAAUAGUUAUUUUUGUGUAACGUCUUAAUGCGUAUGCGAAUUUUAAUUUGAAAGUGUUUGCCUAGUGACCUCUAGUAAUGAGUGCCUUGUGUUUUUGACUGUAUAAAAAUCGCAAUUAAAUGUAUAAUCUAUCAUUUACCGUUUUUUCUUAGUAUUGUCGAACAUCCAUUAGUUGUCGAAUAGAUUUUGUUAUCAUAUUAGUUUGUUAAGCAUUGU